UUCGCAGUGAUGGAGGGGCAACUCGAUCUGAAAUUACUUCUAUUUUUACCGACCACAAAGUGUGAUAGCAACUCGAUAAUAGGAAAGAACAUUGUUUCUAACAAUGUUGAACGUAUUGUGUUGAUUAUUUUAAGUGAAGUGCGUGAAUUCAACCGAAAGUUUCGCUACAAUAUAGUGAAUUAGCAGCGCGUUUUCAGUGUUGUCAUAGUAGACUAUAAGUGUUUAAUAAAUUAAAUAAAAUGGGAAAAGCUAAAAGCGUUAAGGCCUAUGUACGGCCUGUCAUUAAAGUGUUAGGAGGAAUUUUGGAAAUGUUUUUACAUUGGUUAUUUAGUUUGGUGUAUGGAGGAAAAAGGAAAAGUAUGCCUCCCAUCACAGAUCUGCUGUUGUUGGAGUCUGCGACGUCUUUAGCGUUCAAAAUACGAACAAAGAAGAUAACCAGUACGGAGGUGUUACAAUCUUUCAUAGACAGGAUUAGCGAAGUGAAUUCUGUCCUAAAUUGCGUCGUUGCUGAUAGAUUCGAAGAAGCCAAAAAGGAAGCUCAAAAAGUUGACGAACUGAUAGCCUCGGGAGUUGUUCCCGAAGAAAAGCUUGCUCAGGAGAAGCCGUUUUUGGGUGUUCCCUUUUCGACCAAGGACUGUAUUCCUGUCAAAGGAAUGAUCCAUAGUUCCGGUCUAGUCAAACGGAAGCACAUCAUUGCCGGUGACGAUGCCAAAGUUGUUGCCAGAUUGAAGAACGCCGGUGCCAUUCCUAUUGCUUUGACCAAUGUUUCCGAACUUUGUAUGUGGUGGGAAAGUGCCAACAACGUCCACGGACGAUCCAACAAUCCCUACGACGUUAAUCGCAUCGUCGGCGGAUCAUCUGGUGGAGAAGGGUGUGCCCAGGCGGCUGCCAUAACUGCCUUUGGAAUUGGAUCUGACAUAGGCGGAUCCAUCCGUAUGCCAUCGUUCUUCAACGGGAUCUUUGGGCACAAACCAUCGCCCGGCGUAGUUCCCAAUCACGGCCAGUAUCCAGAACCAGUAACGGAAGAACAGAAUCGCUUCCUGGGCCUCGGUCCAAUGUGUCGACGAGCCGAAGACCUACUACCUCUUCUCAAAGUGAUCUCGGGACCAGAAAGCACCAAGUUGAAAUUGGAUGAACCGGUGGACGUGAAAAAGCUCAAGUGGUUCUAUCAGGACAAUGAUAGUGGGUCUUUCAUGGUGUCCCCUGUAUCUAGGGAGAUACGAGAAUUGUUUGUUAAGAUUAGUCAACAUUUAGAUAAGGCGUAUAAUAUUAAAGCCACUAAGGUUAACUAUAAAAAAUUUGCCAAGAGUGGAGCUAUGUGGUUCGCCAAUAUGAAAUCACCCAACGGACCAUCAUUUGAACAACACCUCGCCGACAUGGAAGGAUCAAUUAACCCUUGGUGGGAACUCCUCAAGUGGGUAUUCCAGAUGUCCGAACACACUUUUAUCGGUAUCGUUACAUGUCUGGCCGAAAAGGGAGGAUGCCAGUAUGGGGAUGACAAAUAUCAUUAUUUGGUACAAGAACGUAACAACCUCCGUCGAGAACUCCUAGACCUCCUUGGCGAUGACGGAGUCUUCCUCUACCCCACGCACCCCACAGCGGCCCCCUACCACAACGAACCAUUAGUGAAGCCUUUCAAUUUUUCCUACACGGCUGUGAUAAACGUACUUGGUCUGCCAGCCACUCACUGCCCAAUGGGUUUGGACAAGCAGGGCUUGCCCAUCGGCGUGCAAGUGGUGGCCGCCGACGGAAACGACAGAUUAUGCCUGGCAGUGGCGAGAGAGAUCGAGAAAGCUUUCGGAGGUUGGGUUCCUCCUGCUAUUAAGGCUUGAAGGAGGUAGUCAAAGCGUAAGAAAAGCUGUCAGAGUGGUGGUAACUAACAAAGGCGUUCGGUGAAUGUUUUACUUAUUCGGAAAAACGUUUUACAAAUUUGGAUGCAUCUGAAUUACUGGCAAUGUUAAUUUUAACUCUUAUUUUAUUGUAUUGACCAGUGUUAAUUAUAUCAGCUAUCCUAGUUUUCCCAGGACGUAUAAUUCGAGUUUUAAAAGAAUUUCCUUUAAAUGAUAAAGUGUAUUAAAAUUGAAUCAUGUGGAUAGAAGUUUCCAAAAAGUGGUUUUUCAGCAGACUUUCUAAAAAAUCACUUUCAAAAGUUCUAUAACCACCGAUUUACUUCUAACAGAUAGCUUCUAACUUAGAGAAAGCGAUAAGAGAAUUUGGCAUAACAACCAGAGGAACUAUUAUUAAUCGCAGCGUACAAUUACCAGCGUACGCCGAUGACAUCGACAUUAUUGCAAGAAGGAAGGCGGA